GCUGCCCCUGCACCCAGAGUCACCAACACCGACCCUUCAUGCAGAGACGUCCACAUCUUCCUCUCCAAGGGCUGGAACGAGCCUUAUCCCGGUCGUCAGGGCAAGCUCGCUGGUGCUAUUUGCUACGGUCUCAACUCCUGCGACUAUGAGGAUAUUCAGUUCUACAACGCCAAUGGCAGUGACUACUGCACCGCUGUCAAGGAGGGCGACACCAACGGCAUCAACCAGAUGACCGCUUACGCCAAGAAGUGCCCUGCCUCCAAGCUUGUCCUGUCCGGUUACUCUCAGGGUGCCAACGUUGCUGGAGACAUCCUUGGUGGCUCUGACAGAUGCGGCGGCCCCAACCCCGGUCUUGACCCCUCUACCAGCCCCGGCAACCAGCUCAAGGCCAUCACCAUCUUCGGUGACACCAGACACGUUGCCAACCAGCCCUACAAUGUCCUGAACGGCUCCGAUGUUGGCUCCUCCGACCCUCGUACCACCGACUCUCUCAACCGCAUGAACAAGUUCGCUAGCAUCAUGAGAUCUUACUGCGAUCACGCCGACCCCGUCUGCGCUGCUGGCGGCCCUGGUCCUUUCGAUGUCAACAAGCACUUGAACUACUUCGACCUUUACUCUGACGAUGCCGCUGGCUGGAUCAAG